AUGUUGCUCGCCAUCCCCUUCAUCUCAAACUACUCCUUCUGGACUCAACUAUGGAUCCUAACCUCCCUCUUCAUCCUCAGCUACACCCACAGAACACCCCGGCUCGUCAUCGCAACCGUCACCUCCGCCUAUCUCGCCUGGCAAAUCGUCGUACCACUCGUUCGUUGGUUCACAAUCGCGUUCAAGGCUGUCGCCUGGUUCGGAUUCUACCUCCAUUUCUUCUGGAUAGCUGUCACGAUGGCGUGUAAUGCUGUCUUUUGGGUCCUUGAAGAGGCUUUACCCAGGAUGCUACGGGAAAUGGAGGCUGCUGCACAAAAUUAA